AUGCAAUUAUUCGUUAUUUUGCUCUUAUUAUUGACUAAUAUUCAUCGAAUCAUAUGUGAAAGUUGGAACUAUCAUGAUUUAGGACCUGAUAUUUGGAGUGAGACAUAUCCUUCAUGUGCUGGACAUUCUCAAUCACCGAUCAACAUAAAAACAGCAUGCACUAUCUAUCAAACAUUUUCAUCUUUUAGUUUUUCAUCAACUUAUAAUCUUACUCAUACUUUUAAUGUUUUAAAUAAUGGACAUACCAUUGUUGGUACAUACAAUGGUAACGAAUCAUCACCGUUCAAAUUGACUGGAGGUGGUUUGAAUGGAACAUUUGAAUUUUCUAAUUUUCAUCUUCAUUGGGAUGAAAAUUCUAAAUCAGGCAGUGAACAUCAAGUAAAUGGUAUAAAACAUGCAGGUGAGAUUCAUUUUGUUCAUAUUAAUCCUGAAACAAAACAAAUAGCUGUACUUGGUAUCUUUAUGGAAAGCAAUCGAAAUACAAUUACAGCUAUUUCUGUCGGUAUUGUAUUUGGUACUAUAAAAUCUCAACGAAGUGCAUCCGGAACAGUGACAGAAAAUACUAAUCAAAAUUCAUUAUCAACAAUAUCAACAACGAUUAUUGCUAGCAGUGUUAGCAUAGGAAGUCAAACUGGAGCACCCUGCUUAUCAUAUACAACAAUUAAUGAUCCUUCACGAAAUGUCGCUCAAACUGGAUUAUAUGGCUCUUGCGAUAUCGGACCACUAUUCAAUGCGGGUAAUAAUGGUUCUUGGAUACGGUUUGUUGGUACUGGUGGAACUAUAAUUUCACUUGCACCACCUGGUAUAACUCAUUGUGGUGGUUUUUUUACCAGAGUCCUUGUCUAUCACCAUGUCUUUCGCGCUCGAGGUCCACCACGUACGACCGAUCAAUAUGAUCAAUCUCAUAGAAAUCCUGCCUUUGAUCCUCAUGUUGACAGCGAUCCAGCUGGGAUUCGCAAAAAAAUGAAAGAAAUGCUUGGAGAAGAAGAAGCUGAGAAAGCGAUGCAAACUCGAUAUCAAGCGAUCAAUGUCUGGCGACUAUUGGGUCCCAAUGCAAUAACGGAUAAGCCAUUGGCAAUUUGUGACUAUCGCUCGAUUGACGUCGAAAGCGAUGUUCAUCUAAUCGAACUUCGAGGGUCCGUGAAUACUUCUGCAGCCUAUACGAUAAGUCGCAGCACCCAAGAUGCUCACGUAUGGUACUAUCUAAGCCAGAUGCGAUCCAACGAGAUGUUCAUCUUCAAAACAUUCGAUAGCAAGUCCGAUGUUGCUCAAUUUGCAUUUCAUACGGCUUUCAUAAAUGAAAAUAUGUCGCCAUUAAAUGUUGAACAAAAGAGUAUUGAACUACGUUGUUUUAUUUUCUACGAUCAAUAA